AUGCGAAAUCAUAUUUUAAGGCCUCUUAGUACGCCUACGUUCUAUUCAAGAUUCGCCGACGUCGACACCGACUACGACGCCGAGUUUGACGCCGAGUUUGACGAGAAUCAAGAUGUAUAUGCGGCAGAUGAUACUUCGCCCAUCAAGAUGAUAGGCACCUAUGAAUCUGAGCAAGAUAAAUGCUUGCCAUUAUUGCCAUUAUUGUCUUCGCCAACUUCUGCCCCAACAAUCCGAAAUUUCGGAAUCCCGUCCUUAUCCAGGAUUGUAGUGGGUUCUUUGGUAGCAUGUACUUGGAUUCGUACCGCAUCCGCUGUAAAAGUCGCGUUCGACAAUUGUCUAGAUAGCAACUACAUCUACUCCAACCAACUGCCAGAGCAAGUUCAGCUUCAAUGGGUUCCUCUGUAUGUCGACGCUAAGUUCGACACCGAGAAUCCAAAUCACAACCUGAUCGUAACAGUUUGGGGGAAUGUGACGGGGCGCGUUGGCACCGAUACGCUACCACCAUGGAAUUCGUCGGUUUGGGAUGACCCGAGUCAAGUACUGAAUGGGAAGAUACAAAACGAGCCCGAACCGAAUCUGCCGGCGAAUCAACGCAAAGUUACAACUUUAUACUACAAAGUUGACGUCUCGACGUACGAGCCUUAUCAUAAUACCGUGAACUUCUGCGGCAAUAUUUUGAACGGAUCGUGUCCGCUCGGCCCCGUGUUCAAGGAUCAAAUAUCCCAAGACUCACCACCCUACGACUUCCCCUCGUUUAACCUUACGAACGACUUAUCUUCAACCUAUGCAUUUACAUCGCUCGCUCCUACUUUCAUUAUUUGGUAUGGCGAUUCUGGGAAGACUACGAUUGGAUGUGUUUCUACUAUUCUCACGCCGGACCUUGGUGGAAUCGCUUGGUCUCUGAAGUUUGUCCCGCUAUUUGUACUGAUCUUGGUGGGGUUUGCGACAGCUUUCGCAGGAAUCUUUAGUCCAUGGGGCACGAGUGAUGUCUUCCAUUGGACAUCGAAUUAUGGUAGAGACCCUGAUCUUUUACGUCUAGUUACUCCUGGGUUCGGUGACUGUCUCCAGUACAUCCAGUACGUCCUUCUCACCGGUAGUCUUACCUUGGAAUACCCCGGGUUCUAUCAGCCAGUUACGAGUCAGGUCUCUUGGUCUGCGUUGAUGUUUAACCAAAGUUUCGUCUCCAAGGCGGAACCCUGGCAGAGUCUGGUCGACGGACUCUAUAAGACCAAUGGCACGUACGGUCUUGAGAAUACUGCGCAAUUAGAGGGCAUGGCUCGGGUCGAAGAUAUUUGGGCCGGUAUGAUGGUAUGGUUACUGGCUAUCAUUGGGUCCGUACUCUUCUUAUUACAAGUCUGGUUCUUUGUACGAUGGCUAUUACGAUAUAUCAACCACGUCCCCGAGGAAGAUCUUCGAUCCAAGAAUAUACCUUUCUCAAUCGGUAAUAUUAUUCGCCUCGUCUUCAGCUAUUUUUUACUUCCCGUUGUCGCCCUGACUGCUUUCCAACUAGUGGUUGCGGAUCGUUCCACGGGUUAUCUUGUAGGGUUGGCCGUUCUUACUUUGGUCUUGAUCAUUGGAUUUGCGAUAUGGCUCAUAUACCUCAUUAUAAGUACCAAGCCUAGGGCACAUCUGUUUGACGACCUGCCGACCGUGCUCCUUUACGGGCCCCUUUACAAUACAUACUCUGACCAAGCAGCUGCUUUCGCGAUAAUUCCAAUUAUACUAACACUAUUGCGAGGCAUCGCUAUUGGCGCUGUGCAGCCAUCGGGUACCGCACAGGUAGUAAUAUUGGCCGUAUGCGAAGUGAUUCAAAUACUAACACUUCACGCGUUUCGGCCUUUCCAUUCGCCUACUUCGAUGAAUGCCUAUCAUACGGGAUUUUCGGUGGUUCGCUUUGUCACCGUGAUACUCAUGGUUGCGUUUACGCCAAGUUUAGGGGUUUCGGAGGGUCAGAAGAGCUGGAUCGGUUACGUGAUCUUACUGAUACACGCAUGUGUACUGAUUUUUGGCUUCCUACUAAAUGCACUACAGACAAUCAUCGAGGUCAUCGCACGGCUAUUAGGUGCCGGGGGCGAUAACAUUGACGGGCAGAGAAGGGGUGGGCUUUCCAAGAUCUUCGGUGCUCGCCAACUAUCGAGACGCGUAGACCGACGCGGCGGUCCAUCCCGUCAAAGUCAACUUAGUAGCACAGCGAUGUUAACCUCUGAAACUGUAACGAAGCGCGGGUACGGACGCGUAAGAAGCGAAUCAGCUGGUAGCAUCGGGAUGCUCGCCAGUCCCAAUAUGAGAAGCUCAAGUGCUCUAGAUGCUCGAAGUCUGGAUGCGUACUCGAUUCCACUUGGCAGUGGCGGUGCUUUCACCCCAACGACGACAACCCCUGGAGACGCUAGUACAUUCUCCUUCCUGCCGUCUCCAGGGCAAGCUACUCGUCCUCAGCCCACGGCUGAUCCCUAUUACCGUCCCCCACGUGCUCGCCGAGCUACUAUCGAUGAGAUGGGCUCUUCGUCACCACAUCGGGCGCGUAGCUCCCUAGCUAGCAUUGACCUAUCCAAUCAUCGGUUAAGCGAGCCUAUGGGAGCAACGACAGGCGGAGAUGACGAUGCACCCCCUGUGGCGAAGAUAAAUCCAGCUCCGGCACCUGCACCAUAUAUACCGGUUUUUGCGCCAAGAGCAGACUAUUCGACCCGUGAAGUCGACUUCUAUUACGGGGUGCGUGGCCCCGCAUUAAACUCGGAGGGGCCGGGUCGCAAGUUAGGCACAGGUCCAGCAGACCCUACUAGCCCAGUCGCGACCGCUACUGGAUGGCUUAAACGCCUUUUCGGUGGUAAGACUAAAGAGAAGGGCAAGGGCUUCGAGGUGGUCAGGAGUGCCCGAAUGCCCCCUGCGAUGAGGGCCAGAAAUGGCGAACUUACCGAGGAACCGCCAGAGGGCAUACCCGUAGCGAUGGGUGUACUUCGAAAUGGCCCAAUAGAGAGCGACGAUGAGGAGGAUACGCCAAAAUCGAAGAAGACCAAGCGCGUCGUCGAAGAUAGUGCCCAAGGCGAAUUGCUUAACGAAGACGGUGAGCCUCAAUCAGACAACGAGCCUCGAUCGGAUGACGAGAUGGACAUAGAAAUAUCCAGAGUCGCCGAAGAGCCACCCCUCUUACCCGAUCUCGACGCAGGCGAAAGCUUUAGGAUCCCCAGUAGAAUGCAUUCCAAGGCGAGCAGACAUCCGUCGCAGAGAACGGUAAAAGCUCCAUCAGAAGUUGAGGGAGUGCCAGCAGUGCCCGAGGUGCCUAGGAAGAGCUCGAAACGGAAUUCCAGCAUAAACCCGUUAGAGAAUAGGCAACUUAUUGAUAUCGCGCCGCCCUUAGGGGUACCAAUGGUACAAACUCAGUCUAACAAUACGGGACCUGCCGGAAGCAUGUCUGCAAGAUUGCCAUUUGAUCGGACUAAUUCGCAAAAGCGCCUUUCGGUGUCAUCGGUAGCAGGAACAGAAGCCUCCAGCCACGUACCCUCGGCCGACGGCACAGAAGACAGACCUACAAGCUACGGUUACGUUCAUCAACAUAACAUCAGCAGAGUCGAACCCGAGCAGGGAAUGGAUCUACUUGGAAGCUCGGCAGAGGUAGUAGACAUGUCGAGGAAGCCAAGCCCCGGCUCGUCGGUAUCUAGACGAUCUAAUCACUAA